GUUGUUGUUGUUGUUAUAACGGUUUUAUGCUACGUUCACGUUACAUGGUUUAAAACGGAAUUCCCGAAACCGUCACAACAAAGCUAUCUGCUGCAGCUCCAUUGUUGCUAUAAAUAUGUAACAACUAAUCUGAUUUUAUAAAGUUUAAGAGAUAGAUUAUUCCUAUUCGAAUUGAAGCGUGAAACCAUUUAAGAAGGGUAUAAAUUUAUUUGGAUUUUUUUCCGACACCACGUAAAGGCAGCGUGGACUUCACGAUUACUUUUAAUGGUUACCACGGACAACGCUUACACAAAACUUUCCUCUCAACCAAUCACAAAGCGGAAUCUUGCAAACGAGCCAAUCAUCAGGCCGGUCGUUUGUCAAGCCAAACAACCGUUUGCUCUACAGGGAGAAACCGAGAUUCAUCUUGGAAGCAGACUGUGUAUCAUGAUAAAAAUCUGCUUUUUAAUACUUGUUUUAACGGAACAUUAAUGAGCCCAAACGGGGUCUAUGAGAAUGAUAACCCGGGAUUCACCUCCGUCGCCGCCACCGGUUCACCUCCACGUACUGGAGACUACACCUAUACAUGUUCACAUGAGGAGGAGUCCCAGCAAAACCCCACAGGUUGCUGCACUUUAUAGAUUCAGGGGAAUACUCCGAAGGAGUCGGGAAAAAGGUGCCCAGGUGAAGGGCGAUGGAGGCAGACCAAAGGUCCGGAAGCCGUGGAUUCCUCCAGGAAGGCUGUCCUGCAGAAGAGAUGUGGACUCCCACAAGUGCCAGACGAGCCGAGUGCGGCAUCAGACAGAAAGUGGGAUCAGGCAUCAGAACGAAGCAGAGGAGCAGGAGGAAGAGCUGGAUGCAGUGUCCAAGGACCUCAGCAUCCUACUUAGAGAGCAAGAGACCUUUCGCCGUUUGAAGAAGCCAGAUUCUUGGGGUCAACACAGAGAGGCAGAUGUGCUCCUGAGGGCACUCGUUGAAGCAGAAAUUGACGGCGUAGCUGUAGCCAAUCAGCUGACAGCUUUGAAGGAAACUAUGGACAGCUUUGCCAAGGACAAGACGCCAUCAAAACUGCACGCAGCUUCUCUGGAACGGCAGCAGAAGUUGUUGUUGGAGAAGAUCGAGAUGUUUGAUAACACAAACCACGGCCUCCGAGAGCUCCUCAGAGAGUGGAGUGAACAUGAGCGGGAAUCGCUGGUGAGGUCAGAACAGACAGACACCCUGAGAAAGAGACUGGCUGACAGCGAAGCAGAGAACAUGCGCCUUCUGGCCAAACUCACCCACAAGGAGAAAGAGGCCUCUAAGCUUGCAGAACAUUUGGACUUUGAAAAGGACAACGUUAAGACGACCGAGGAGCUUUCAAGAAUUCUGGAGUCAACUCGCAGCCACCUGGAGUCUCAGCUGAGCCGAGCAGAGGCAGAAAAGACCCGACUUGCCGCUCAGAUUCAGAGGAUGCAGCAGAGCCAGGAGCAGCAGCAGAAGGAGCUCCAGGUGCUUCAGGAGGAGCUGCAAACUCUGAGGGAGCAGAGGGAGGCCGAGGAGAGAAGUCUGGCCCUGCUCACCGAGCAGUCAGAAGCGGUGCACUCUUCUUUACCGCUCGAGGACAAACUUCAGGAGAAGGAGUCCCAGCUGGCUCAGGCUCUGUCCACAUCCAGUGACUGGUGCCUCCGCCACUCCAAGGAGGCAGCAGCUAAAGGACAGCUAGAACAGGAAAUCUCUGCUUUCAAACAUCAGGUGAUCGAGCUGCACGCUCAGCUUCAGUCAGCGGAGGAGAAGAGUCGGGCGGAGAGGGAGGAGCUCCGGGAUCAGCUGCAUCAUCUCAGUGCCGAAAACGCCUCCACCAAGCUGGACAAUCAAAGUCUCAAGAGUCAGCUGACGUCUUCUGAGGAGAAACAGCGAGGGCUUCAGUCUGAAGCUCGUCAGCUGAAAGCAUCGAUCAAGAAGUAUGAAAACCUGGUGGAGAAAUACAAGAAGAAGGUCCAGCAGGCUCGCCUGGAGUCCGAGGAGUACUGCCUGAAGCUGGAGGCGGUGCAGAAGGAGGCGCUGGAUGUUCAGGUGGUUCUGGAGAGGGAGAAGGAGCAGGUGAGGCGGGAGCUGCUGGGGCGGCUCAGAGAGCUCGAGACUCUACCGGACAGAUUGAGGAAGACCGAGCAGCAGCUCCGAGAAGCCCAGCAGGAGGCUGACGCACGUGAGAGGAGGAACAUGGAGAAUAACUCCGCCCUCUCUGAAGUCAGGCACAAGGUGGAGCAGCAAGGCACUCAGCUGGAGACGCUUCAGCAGAGGAACCUGUUGCUGCAGGAGGAAAACAACGUCCUGAAGGAGAAAGUGUACAACUUCGAGAGGAGGCUGGAGGGCUUGAAGGCAGAAAACAGAGAGAUGUCUCAAUCUCUCGCUUCGAAGGAAGCCAGUAUCCGCAGCAUCCAGCAGCAGCUGGAGGAGAAGAGUCACGAGUGCAGCGUCCUGACCAGACAACUGCAGCAAACUCUGGACGACGUACAGAAACAGGUAGAUGACAGCAUGCAGAGGGUUUUAGCCAAAGAGAGAUCGUCUCAGUCUAAAGCCCUGGACCUUCAGAGCCAGCUGAGCCGAGCCAAAACGGAGCUGAGCCAACUGCAGCGAAACAAGGAGGAAAUGGAGCGACGCUUCCAGAGCCAGCUGCAGAACAUGAAGGAGAGGCUGGAGCAGUCGGACUCGACAAACCGCAGCCUGCAGAACUACGUCCAUUUUCUCAAAACCUCCUACGGAAAUGUGUUCGGUGACUCUCUGCUUGGAAGCUGACAAGCAAAAUUUAUCCAGCCUGACCAGCAGUGAUCCUCCUGAACUAUCAUACGGGACAUAAACUGCAUUUAUUAAAGGUCUGCUUUUGACUUUGUAUGAAAUUAAUAAAAUUGAAUUUAUGGAUAAAUUCUCAGUUAUUAGUUGCCUAAACAUUUUAUUUAUGUAUAACUUACCAGUAACUUAGUCAGCAACUGCAGAGCCAAGAUAAAAAACUCCAAUAAAUGUUUUUAUGAUUUACAAUAUUCUUGCUGAUUUACAAACAUAAAAAUGAUGUGAGGUAUAUAUUAUAGCAUUUUGUAUUUUACACCAGAGUGUCAUUAAAGUCAACGUAAAAAAAGAAAAGGAAAAAAAGACUUGUUUCAUUUAUGUUAGGAGGUACUUUUGGAACAUUCUACCUGCAUUGUAAGACUACAAUGUAGAGAAAUUGGACUACAAAACCAAUGUUUUAGUUCACCACAGCAUGUUUUUACCCUGUUGUUUUAUGUGUGUCAGAUAAACGAGAAAAGCCUGUGAAAUAUAUCAAUACAAAGACUGGAUGUUUAAAGAAGAAGGAACAUCCUGAUGUUUGA